UUGAGGCUCACCGUGGCGUAAUUAACCAAAAUCACAAGCUUAACCUAUCUCCAAACUCAACCUCUUCACAUUUCAAACACCCCUCUAGCGCUGUCUCUCUCAAGUACUGUGUUCUACCAACACCAACAAACCAAUCGUGUACUUAUAUAGUCAAUCCACUUUAUCUUCUCUUUUCAGUGGUACUUCUCAACAUGGCAGCCAAACUAGCCAAAGACCUCACCCUCAAGGGCUCAUCCACUGCCAUGCCAAAGCUGGUCUAUGGCACAGCGUGGAAAAAGGACAGAUCAGCAGAUCUUGUUUAUUUAGCUCUCAAGCACGGCUUUCGCGGAGUCGAUACAGCAGGACAACCCAAGCAUUAUAAUGAGAAGGGCGUUGGGGAGGGUGUGCAAAGAGCUAUCAAGGAGGGCCUUGUUAAACGUGAAGGACUCUUUCUUCAAACAAAGUUCUCUCCUCCAGGGAAUCAAGAUGAAAAUGCACCCUAUGAUUUUGAUGCACCCCUUGUGGAUAAGAUUCAUCAAUCUAUUCAGUCAUCCUUGACUUACUUCACCCUUGAAGGCGAGGAACCUUACUUUGACAGCGUGCUUUUGCAUAGCCCCCUGCGAACUCUCGAGGAAACCAUCACUGCGUGGAAGACUCUAGAGACAUAUGUGCCUCACAAGAUCCGCAACCUAGGCAUCUCUAACACGACACUUCCAAUCCUUAAAGCAAUCAACGAGGCUGUCACUGUUAAACCAAGUGUUGUCCAGAACCGCUUCUACCCUGACACCAACUUUGAGGUAGAUCUCAGAUCCUACUGUCGAGAGCAAGGUAUUGCUUUCCAGUCAUUCUGGACUUUCAGCGCCAACCCCAGGCUCGCUGCUACCAAGCCAGUUAAUCUGGUCGCAGAGAAGGCUGCAAUUUCCGAGGUAGCUGCAUACUAUUCUUUGGUCUUGGGGCUCGAAGGCGUAACGGUUCUGGAUGGAACAACGACUGAAAAUCACAUGAAGGAUGACCUUGAAGGUAUAGAUAAGGUUGCCACUUGGGCGGAUACGGACGGAAUAGCUGAAUGGAAUUCUGCUUUGAAGCAGUUUAAGCAGAGUAUCGGGGAAGCCUGAGGGCUUCUCUGAAUACGUCUGGAUCUUUAGUGGUGCUCAGGCGAUUGGUACCUACGGUAGGGACGUAGAGGCAGACUCGCAGUUUCUGCCAGUGAUAAGAAAAUGGAAGCCGUCAACUUUACCUUUAGUACCGAAAGCAUUCUGAUUCAUUCACAUAAACUCUUGAACUUUCCUGUCACAUCACUUCUCUUACUAUCAAUAACAUAAGCCUUUUCCUUCCUCUCACAUUUUCUCAAACUACGAGAGC